AUGCAAAUAUUAAGGUACUACAAUUUGUUUUUUGUCAUCACUAAAAUAUGCCAAUGUUUCUCUGAAGAUGCUCUAAAAUAUGCUGCAGUUGUCUUCACUCAUGGUGACCAGCUCCCGAAAGGAAUGAAAAUUGAGGAGUUUGUCAGUCAGAAUAAGAAUCUGAGUUGUCUGAUGAAGAAGUGCGGAGGCCGGUGCCACGUCAUUGAUAAUAAAUACUGGAAGAACAACGAAGAGGACGACUACAGGAGCAACCAGUUCCAUGUGGCAGAGAUAUUCAACACACUAGACACAAUGCUUGAGGCAAACAAAGGAUGCUACUAUACGAAUGAGAUGCUACAAGAAGUGAAAAGAGAAAUACAGAGAGAGGAAGAGCGCAUUAGACUGUCAUCAGGAAACAUGUCACAGGAAAAGAUUAGAAACAAGGCUAAAAUUAGCGUUUUUGACACGUUAUUGAUCAGAUCAGCAAGUAUUGCAACAGGUGCGUUGUUAGGAGCUUUGCUUGGUGUGGCAGAGAUGGUUACAGCAACUGUUAGAAAUAUUCAGGACCUUUCAGAUUUUUCAGCAAGAGGAACAGUUGCAUUGGCCGCUCAAAGUGGCGUAGUAAAGGGUGUUCUGAUAGGAUAUAAUGCAGCUGAAGGGGCAGAAACUCCAGUGGAAGCCAUCCAGAAGACAGCGGAGGCUGUCUGGAACCAAUCUUGGGGUGCAGCACAACAAAACAACAAAUAGAAUAAAUACUCUGAC